AUGUCCGCACCUAUCGACGCCAGCCAGAUAUUAGCAGAACACAGCAAACGAUACAAGCCAACGCAGGUGGACAGAGAGGUACCGAUAACGAUAGAUCUCAACCUGCUCGCUGCAUUCGACACCAACGCACUUAACGCCGAUGAGUUGAAAGUGGAUAGAGAAGAGUACGUCAAGUCACUCACUAGAGACGGCGUACAAUUACUCGUAAACAACUUGUUCCAGCAACCUAUCACGAAAACUUUAGAUGGCCCACUCGCCAAACUCCCAGACGAGUCAGUGUACGCAGUACCAAGAGAGAAGCCACUGCCUAAGCCUAAGCCAUUGACCAAGUGGCAGAAAUUCGCGAACGAGAAGGGUAUCACCCACAAGAAGAAGGAUAGAAUGGUAUUCGACGAGGACGAGCAGAAAUGGGUUCCAAGAUGGGGAUACGGGGGCAUUAACAAAAAGGAAGAGAAUCAAUGGUUGCAUGAGCUUAAAGAUGGUCAAGACGAAGACCACAACCCUGCAUCCGCCAUCAAGCACGCUAGAAGGGAUCGUUCACUCAAGAAUGUCAAGCAGCAGCUCAAGAAUGAGGGUAUUACAAAGUCGGUUCAAGAAAAACAAAAGGCAGAGGCGGCUGCGAAGCGUGCGGAGAGAGCACAACAUAAGCAGGAAUUGGAGAAGAGUCUGCAUAGAUCCAGAGUCAGCACAGGUUCAAUGGGUAAAUUCGAUAAGAAGAUGUCUGGUGAGCCCGCUCUCAAAGGUCAGAAGAGAAAGUUCAAUCCAGUCACCAACACAACCGAAGAACACAAAUCUAAUCGUGAUAUAUUGGAUAAGGUCUCGUCAGGUGCAACCAAGCUCAACAAAGGUACUGGUGGUGGUAACAAAGACCUCGUCAACACUCGUCGAGCUAUCAACACGACAAAGAGAUCAAAAAAGUAG